AUGGCUUCAAUCUUGGAUAUUGGCUUGGGAAAAGUCGGCGGUAACAGCCAUCCAAUUCACCCCGCAACCGUCCAUCUCCCAAUAGCCUUCCUUCUCGCGGCGUCAGGACUCGAUAUCCUGACAUUCAUUUGCGUCAGCUCCUCGUCGCUCCUCAAUCUCGCCGUCAAUAUAUCUAGUAUCUUCUCUUCAACCGCCAGCCCAGUCGCUGUCGUCUACCACCUCUGCCUCUUCAGCUUCGUCAGCACCGUUGCAGGUGUCCUGACAUCCUUCCCAGCUAUCACUUCUGGUCUCUUCGAAGCUUAUGCCAUGAUCUCAGCCAAGGGCCUUGACCUGUCGAAUCCUGUCAUCAAGACUACACUUAUCCAUGCGGGCUUGAAUGACUUGGCUAUCUUUGGGGCCAUCUACAACAUGUUGACUAGAUGGGGUCGUGAGGCGUAUAUGCCGAUGGGAGGCAACACUUUGGUUAGCUUUAUGAUGCUGGGUGGCGUAGCAUAUGCGGCAUUCCUAGGAGGCGGUUUGGUGUACACUCAUGGCGUUGGUGUUCAGAGAAUGGGGAAGGGCAAAGAGGAGAAAGAUGCGAGUCGGGCCAAGGAGGUGGCUGAAGCGAAGAAGGAGUUGUGA